GCGGAAGUGACGCAAGGACGCCGAAGGGCGGGGGAAGGAGGAGGAGGAAGAAGAAGAAGAAGGAGAAACAAGCUGGUGAGGAUACGCAGGAGGCGGCGAAGGGCCCCCCAGCAGGAGCAAGAUGAGCCUGAAGUCGGAACGCCGAGGCAUCCACGUGGACCAGUCCGAACUGCUCUGCAAGAAAGGAUGCGGUUACUAUGGCAACCCGGCUUGGCAGGGCUUCUGCUCCAAGUGCUGGAGGGAGGAGUACCAAAAGGCCAGGCAGAAGCAAAUCCAGGAGGACUGGGAGCUGGCUGAGAGGCUUCAGCGUGAGGAGGAGGAGGCCUACGCAAGCACUCAGCACCCUCAAGGGGCUCAGUCGCUCACGUUCACCAAGUUUGAGGAGAAGAAAACCAACGAGAAAUCACGGAAGGUGACGACGGUGAAGAAAUUCUUUGGGGCAUCAUCUCGACCGGGAGCUAAGAAGGUCCUGGUUGGCAAACGGAGAGAUGUCCCAGACACUAAGGCACCCAGCCCUUCGAUCAGCCGGCAAGUCAGCAUCGAAACGGACCGAGUGUCCAAGGAGUUCAUUGAGUUUCUCAAGACGUACCAUAAAUCCGGCCAGGAGAUCUACAAGCAGUGCAAACACUUUUUGGAAAACAUGCAUCACAAGCGGGACCUGAGUAUUGAGGAACAGUCCGAAUACGCCCAGGACUUCUACCAGAACUUGGCAGAUAAGUUGCAGAGCCGCUGGAAAGUGUCCCCGGAAAAAGCGGAGAAGGCGAUGGACCAGAUCGAGAAGUACGUCAUGACUCGGCUUUACAAAUACGUUUUUUGCCCGGAAACCACGGAGGAUGAGAAGAAGGACCUUGCUGUCCAAAGGAGGAUCAGAGCUUUGCACUGGGUCACUCCUCAGAUGCUCUGUGUUCCUGUCAAUGAAGAAAUCCCUGAAGUCUCCGACGUGGUCGUAAAGGCCAUCACAGACAUCAUCGAGAUGGAUUCCAAGCGUGUCCCCCGGGACAAGCUGGCCUGCAUCACCAGCUGCAGCAAACACAUCUUCACUGCCAUCCGGACCACGAAGGACGAGCCGGCUUCGGCCGAUGACUUCCUGCCCACCCUCAUCUACAUUGUCCUGAAGGGGAACCCUCCUCGCCUCCAGUCCAACAUCCAGUAUAUCACCCGGUUCUGCAACCCCAGCCGGCUGAUGUCUGGUGAAGAUGGUUACUACUUUACGAACCUGUGCUGUGCCGUCGCCUUCAUAGAGAAGCUGGAUGCCCAGUCCCUCAACCUGAGUGAGGAAGACUUCAACCGCUACAUGUCCGGCCAAGCGUCCCCGAAAAAGCAGGAGCCGGAGAGCUGGCCGGCCGACGUCUGCGUAGGAGUCCGGCAGAUGUACAGGAACCUUGACCUCCUCUCCCAGCUUAACGAGCGGCAGGAGAGGAUUGUGAGCGAAGCCAAAAAACUUGAGCGGGACCUCAUUGACUGGACUGACGGGAUCACCAAGGAGGUCCAGGAGAUCGUGGAGAAGUAUCCCUUGGAAAUCAAGCCCCCCAAUCCGGCCUUGGCUGCCAUUGACUCUGAAAACGUGGAGAAUGACAAGCUGCCACCUCCAUUGCAGCCCCAGGUUUACGCUGGGUGAUGAGAACCUUCUGGGGCUCAGAGACAUCCCUCCCUCUCUGUCCCCCACCCCGCUUCCUUCUGCUUGGGGAGUGGGCUAAAGAGGGGCAGGAAAAUCAGAGGAAUUUAAAACCGGCACAUUUUAAAGGUACUGUUUGCUGGCAAGGGUGUCACAUGAUACUUAUUUUAGCCAGAGUUAGCCAGCUACUAUGAGGGCUGUGGGUUUUGUGUGUUCCUCGAACCCAAUUUAACUUCUUCCUUUUUACACAAAUCCGGUAUAAUUUUUAAGAAACACAGGUGGUUUUUUCUCUGCUCCCCCUGUUCUCCCUUCAAGGUAUGCAUGUGUGUGUGUGUGAUAUUUGGUUUGUUUCUCUUUUUUUAAGUGAAGUUUUUGCUGGUAUUUUUUUCCUGCUUCAAAAAUAAAAAAUAAGGUGGUUAUCAGCACUUUGCAAGGGAUGCCGUUGUAGGUAAAAAAAAACCUAGAAUGGUACUCUUUUAUUCCUUCUUGGGGGCGGGGAGAAGGAAAUAUGUUGUAAAGUAAAUAUUUAACAAUUGUAAAUAGGUCUGCAAUAUUGGGCUUGUGCUUUCACCUGCAUGGCAUCUGGUAAGGAAUGCUAAAUGUUGGUUUUUGUUUCUUUACCGUCAAUGAGUUAAAUUUACUGCUUACAGGUUUUCCCCCCCCUCCCCAGGAAUUGUGGGGAGGUGGAAUGGUAGGAAGUUAGCACCUUGUAGUGGGAAACAAUUUGCUUUAUCUUAACUGUAUACCUUGACCAAGGCCAUCUCCUCAAUAUUCACAAUUCCUCAUCCAGUUACUCUGGUCUCCCCUAAUCUGGUGCCCUCCUGAUGUUUUGAACUUUGACUCCCAUCAGGUGUCCUAUGCUGGCUGGGGCUGAUGGGAGCUGUAUUUCAAAACAUCUGGAGAGGGCACGUGGGUGGGUGCAAGCUGAAUUUAUACAGAGAGAGAGAGAUGAAAAUAACCCUUUCUUCCUGUGUUGUCCUUCAGCACAACUGGGUCUCUUCGAAGUCAGAGCAAAAUCGGACGGGACCCACAUGUUUAUGAGCCAGUUUUCACUGCUCUAAAGCAAGCAGGAUUUGGCCCAUCAUCAGUGUGGGAUUAAACGUGCUCGGAAAAUGUGGCCAUUCUCCCUUUAAAAAAAAUUAAAACCUUGAAAUGUUUUGUCAUUGCAAAGCAUUGUUUGUAAUUGUGGCAAAAUGACAUCCUGCGCUAGAGAAAACUGGGCAGCGUGUAUAUACGUAGCCCUGUAAUGUUCACUUCUAGCUGGAAUUUCAGCCUGGCUUUAGUGCAAUGUGAAGACCAGAUAUGUACCUGCAGGGUAAAAGAAGGCCAGCCCAGGGUACAGACAUGGAAUGUGUAAUGGGUGCAGAAGACCACACCAGCCCUCUUCCCCUUUCCCUGCCUUUCCUCGUAUUAUUUGACACAAUAGCGUGACGAGAUUCUGUGGAAUCCUCAACCUCCCGAAGUUGCAGGUGUCACUUCUAUGGAUAUACAGUACGAGUGCGUCUUACACGCAUUUAACCCACGCAGUUCCAAUCACGUGCAGUUGAAGGCCGGCUGGUUGAAAUCCUGCACGUUCAACGCAAGCAAGGUGGAGAGCUUAAAACCUCUCUUUGCACCAGCUUUUCAGCUCUCUUCCUGGGGUGUGUUUGUAUGCUCAGCAAUGUGGACUCUGGAAGGCUAGGGAUGCUCAUGAAGGGGUGGUUUGAGCAUACGUGUUUUGGGGUAUAUUCAGAACCCUUGGAACCAACCCCCCCAUGUAAGAUGUGACCGUAUUGUGUAUAUAUAUCUGUUUUGGGAUUUAUAUCUGUAACGUUCUGUAGCCUUUCCUCAGCGCUGGGUUUAAGUGAAGUCUCUGAUCACUCCUUCCUUACCAGUAGCUCACUGGAAGGGUCCAUAUUCCACUGAAUUGGGUCUCUUUCCUUCCUGCCCCUCUUUCCCAGUCUUUCAGUAGCCUGGGUCCACCCACCCUGUCAAAUCCUCUUCCCUUUGGCCAGAGAACUGAUGACGCUGUUCAGACACAGUGACUUGCCAGCCUGAAUUGAUGAACUGGCCCAUAACUGAUGCUUUUUCUACACCUGUAUGGGAUUGGCGAAGGGCUGGGAGGUUUGGGUGGCGCACGACCCUAUCUUAGAAGCUCUUGCCUGCAAAGAGCAAAGCUGUUUCCCCUGCUAUUAAAUUCAUCCUAAGUAUCAGUGACUUCUGGUUCUGUUUUGUUUUUUUAAUCCCAAACCUGCAAAUAUAGGAGCAUAGGAAGCUGCCUUAUAUGCUGAGCCAGUCCAUCAAGCUCAGUAUUGUCCACACUGACUGGCAGCAAUUCUCCAGGGUUUCAGACGGGUCUUUCCUUAUCCCUUUAACCUCAAGGUGCCAGGAUUUGAGCCUGGGACCUUCUGCAGGGAAAGCAGACACAAGACUUUCAAUUUCCCAGCCCCUUCAAAUGACACAAGGAGAGAAGCUGAGCUUUAUAGUGUCAACGGCUUGAUGCCGCAGUACAACACGUUUUGGAAUCGCCACUUUUUUGCAUGUCUUCCCCCAGCCCCCGGGUCUUCCAGUCUUAACCAUCAUACUUGUAGAUGUGCAGAUCAUUGAUGAACUGUGGAGUAGAUUUCCAAGUAUCUUGCUUUUCGAGCAGCUUCUGGAACCAAGGCCAGACAGGAAGUUGAGAGGAAUCUGCAGGGAGGGAUCAGGAAGAACGUGUGGCUUCUGAUGGUUAAAUGCCUUGGCUUGCAAGGCAGAACGAUAUUGAUGAAAUGAAGAGGAGGCAGGUGGGAAAGAGUCUCCAGAAGUGGGGUUUUAUGUAGGAAAGACAAUGAGCUCAGUUAACCCCAAGACAGGAUUCUUGGGGUCAGAAUUCCUUUAAAAGAAAAAAAUUAAUCAUGGGGUUGGAAGGAAACCCAAGGGUCAUCUCGUCCAGGGUGAAAAAUGAGGUGAUAAGGCUUUCAAAGUUUACUAUUGCUUACAACUGAUUAGCACAGAGGAAGUCAGAGAAGAAGGAAAAGUAUCAUAGGAUGAUAAAAUUGUAGAGUUGGAAGGAACCCUGAGGGUCAUCUAGUCCAACCCCCUGCAGUGCAGGAAUCACAGCUAAAGAAUCCCUGACAACCUCUUGUUUUAAAACCCCAAAUGAAGGAGAGUCCACUUUCCACCCAUGUUGCAGCCCCUCAGAUACCCAGGACUAUGAGCUCAGUUGAGUUGCAGUACUCAGAAUUCAUUCCAGGGCUCAGGACUCAUUCUUUCUCAGCCUAUGUCUUUUGCACCAGCUGGUGGAUAUUGGGGUUCUCGUAAAAUAACAAAGUAGAUUCCCACAAGUCUGCCAAAAGAGCGUGAGUACAGCUGUUUUGCUGUUCAGGGCUCUUCUCCAUUUUUUUGCAAUAAGUUCAGACCGAGACUGUGAUCCAUUUGUGUCCUCGCUUCCUUUGUGUUCCUUUAUUCUGUGAGCUCUUUGGAGUUUCUCGAAAGGUAAAUAUUUUUAUGGCGUUCGCUCCUUAACCCCAGGUACAUGGGUGGAACAGACAAAGCUGACCGCAGAGAACUUGUAUUUUACCACUUCCGUUCUGAGAGCAGGGUGCAUGCAUCUGUGAGUCCCUCCAGCUGUCACUGAGGAUAUCCCAACUCCUGGCGGCCAGCAGGACUAGUGGUCAGAGGUGCUGAGAGUUGAAGUCCUGCAACAUCUGGAGGGCUACAGAUAAUAUCCACCUCUGCCUUAAGAAGGGGGCUCCUUUCCCUGCCGUUGUUCCUCUCUUUGUGACGCCCUUAGGUGCUAAUUCUGGUUUCCAGGUCCGUACAUUCUCUCCUAAACUCUGUAUCAUAGCUGCUGUUACUGAAUUGCUGUUGAAUGAAAUUAAACCUCUUCCACAACAAGGUU